AUGUCAAGCUCUAUUUCUGUAUGCGCCAUUCCUGAGCCUACAAAUUACUCAAGAGAAGAUUCUACUGAUGAAUCUAGGUUAAGAUGGUAUUAUAACUAUACUUCUGUAGCGAUGCGAUUCGUCGUCGAUACGGUUAGUGAUGAAGCCAUACAGCGCAUUGCUAAAGCCAUCAGCAAUCCAAAAGAUACGAGUAUUUUUAUCGCAGAAGAUUUUAUUCUUAAUGUUUAUAUUAUAAUAAUCGUAUUGGUAGCACUUUUAUUUUGUUUUAUGUUGAGUGCAUUUCUUGUAAUCGGAUGUGCAACUGGUUUUCACUAUGGUGGCCCGCAAAUGCCAAGUAAUAAUUCGAUCUGCUGUGCUAUGGUAGGAUUCCUCUUUUGUAUAGCCAUGACCGCAUUUGGAGCGUUUAUUUUUACCGAUAGCUUAAUUCGUGUGAGAAAUAGUAUUUUAGAACUUCCUAUUCAACUAAGGAGAACGUCUCAAGAUGUUGGCGAUUUUGUAUUGGCAUUCGGGAAAAAUCUCCACUGCAAUUUUGACCUCGAAGAACGAUUGCUGCACGCACAAAUGAGGCAAAUAAUAGGAGAUAUGCACAGUCUGAGUAUUUCUAUAAGAAAUCAACUUAAUACCACCAUCAUUUCGUCGAUUUUUGAGAAAGAGAAAUCUCUUCAAAAUAAUUUGAUCGAAUUAGAACGUUUGAUGGAGUCACACGAAGUGAAUAAAAUUCUCGACCAAUUGCGUAAUGAAACGGAAGCGGUUAAGGCAGUACUGACGCUGGAAUUUCAGAAAAUUCACCCAGAACUUGAAAAUACUCGCAUAGUGGUUGAAAAACUGCUGGGCGAAAUCAAGGACUCUGUGGCAAAAACGGAUGAGCAUCAAACAACAAUAGUUUCCGAAUUAAAAUUAUACAGAAGAUUGGUUGACGAGAUUGUGGGAAAAGUUCAUGAUGAGAGCAAACGGUUUCGACAUGAUCUCUUCAAUGUUAUGGAGAAAAAUGAUUAUUCUGAUAAAGUUGCUCAGUAUAUGCCUUAUACUCUGUUCUUUCCGAUUGUUCUAUUUCUACUUUCUUUAACAGGAUUAAUAUUUUUAUUUGUAAGAUGUGUCGCUAACUGCUGUAAUCCACAAUCCAAUCGAAAAUAUCCGUUACGAGGUGUUCCAUCUCGCGUUGGGGCCAGCGUACUAGGCUUUGGUGCUUACUUUGCUAUGUUCAUUGGUGCUUUAUUGUUUGCGAUGGUUGCUAUCGUCUUCAUUCUUGCUUUCAUUUCUAUGUUUCUUUGCGUGGGACUGUUUGAAGAUCGUGAUCUACGUGUGUUAUUCGCGCUACCAAAGAAAGAAUUUCAAGGCAACAUCACUAGCAGAAACAUUUCUUUAACACUACAUGACACAUUUUAUAAAUGUAAGAAUGGUUUCACAUUUUUUGAUGCAAUCAAUGGUGAACAGAUUUGGGCACAAAAGGAGCUUGAAACGAAGCUAAAAGUUCUUCGAAAAACCAGUUAUCGUCGAAAAAUUCGUAAUUUUCAUGUGGAUGUAGAGCUCGUAGACGACGUGACAGUAUUGCACCGAGACCUUCAAGCUCAUCUAUAUAAAUUUCAAAGUGUUUUCAAAGAGUUUCAAACUGCUGAAGAUUUCCAGCUGCCGGACGGAAUUAACAAAAUAGUAAUAGAACAGAAAUGUGAGGCCACAAUUGCUGACCUACAACAACUUCUGAAAUCACUUGACGAGCUAUUACGUCUGCUCACAACGAUGCACUCGAGAAGUCGUCGUGUUAAAUUCGCGAAGGAAAUUCACAUGCUAAUGGUCAGACUUGAAGAGGAAAUUGUAGUUAGAGUUGCAAAUCUGCUUAAAACCGUCAACGAUUUAUCGCCUCAAUGUAACGCUCUAAUGUCUAUCUGGGACGAUUUUGGAUUCUAUAUGUGUAACGUAGUGGCAACACCUGCUCAAGGAUUAUGGAUAGCAUGUUUUCUAACCGCUAUCGGAUCGUUGGCAAUCUAUUCCGCAUUGUUUGAUGCGACGACAUUUUUGGAAAAUUAUUCGGAAUUAUCCGAGGCUAGUGCUUCCGAAUCAACGUCGUCAACAAAAGCAGGAUCGAAGCAUUUUAAGCAGAAAUCGAAGGCGACUCUUAGAAGAACGGAUAGCAAAAGCGGACCUGGUUCUACAGAAGAAAUGAAAAUGAGAAAAGCAAGUGAAUCAAGAAGCAGAGAAGGUUCUGCUGAAGGGAAGAAAAGUGCGGAGAAGCUAAGUACGGUAACCGAAGGUAGCAAAGAGAAAACCAACGGAAGGGGUGGUGUUCGUGAAAGUCGAAAUUAA